CCAGUGCCCAUAAUGCCUGCAGGCUUCCCCCCUCCGCCCCCCCACCUUGCGCCCAUGCACCACAACCCCCCUGGGAUGCCCCCUUCAGGGGCACAACCCCACGGGGCGGCAGCAGCAGCGGCGGCGGCGGCAGCAGCAGCAGCUGCUGCUGCAUCCAUGCCCCUGCCUUUAGGGUUGGGAGGGUGGCCGAUUCCUGGUAUAGGCUUUUUUCCCCAAGCUGCGGCUGCAGCAGCGGCUGCUGCAGCUGCUGCUGGUUGGCCGCCUCCCUCCGCUGGAGGUCCUUCCUCUCUCCCCUCUACUCUCCCCUCCUCUCUCCCCUCCUCUCUUUCCUCCUCUCUCCCCUCUUCGCUCUCACACACGGGCCCAUCCUUACUGCAGCAUGCUGGAGGGGCGUCGCUGGCCCAUGCAGCCAGGGGUGAUGACGGGGUCUCCUCGCCUGCUGCUCUAGGCGCGCCUGGCCAUCCGUCCCAGCACACUCUCCCUCAGCCACCCCCCGGCCUGCUCCCUCUGCCCACGCAGCAGCAGCUGCACGGGCGCCGGCCCUGGAAGCGCUGUGCCCUGCACGUGUACAUUGCACACUUCAUCGAAUUCAACCGGCACGUGGCACGUCAGCAGCAGCAGCAGCAACAACAGCAGCAACAGCAGCAGCAACAACACCACCACCACCCGUUCUACCCGCCGCAUUUCAGCAACUAUGCAGCUGCAGCGGCGGCGGCAGCAGCAGCUGCAGUAGCGGCGUCGAAGCAGCCCCCUUAUGGGAUGAGCAUGCCACCGCAUAUGCCUGGAGCACCCCCACCCUUUGGGCUGCAAGCGGCCGCAGCGGCAGGAGCAGCAGCAAGUGCAGCGGCAGCUGCUGGUGCUGCAGCAGCAGCGGCGGCGGCAGCUGGGGCAGCAAGUACAGCAGGGGCAGCUGGGUCUCACGUACCCCCACCUUCGUCUCUCCCUACUGCACUCUCAGCCCCCCCCCCAGACUCUGCUGCUGCUCCAGCCACGGCUGCUGCUGCUGCGGUGGCGGCGGCGGCAGGCGUAGGGGCUGGUUUGGUAACAGGGGCAGGCGGGACAGGGGCAGGGGCAGGUGCAGCUGCUGGAGCGGGUGGAGGAAAGGAUAAGGUGGUAGCUGGUGUAGGUGCAGGUGGUGUGGCUGCAACUCCUGCUGCUGCUGCUGGUACUAAUUUUACUGCAGGAGGGAAGCAACAGAGCCAGCAGCAGCAACAGCAACAACAACAACAGCAGCUGCAGCAGCAACUGCAGCAACAACAGCAGCAACAGCAGCAGCAUCAGCAACAACAGCAACACUUACAACAACAGCAGCAUCAACAGAAGCAGCACCAACAGCAGCAACAACAACAACAGCAGCAGCCACAACAGCAGCAGCAGCAGCAGCAGCAACAGCAACAGCAACAGCAGCAGCAGCACCAACAACAGCAGCUGCAGCAGAAGCAGCAGCAGCUUCUGCAGCAGAAGCAGCAACAGCAGCACGUCUCAGUACCAUCCCAGGCUGGCCUAAGGGCAAGCGCAGGUGCUGCAACUGGCGCAGCUGCUGCAACUGGCGCAGCUGCUGCCGUUGCUGCAGGAGGUGCCGUGGGAGUGAGGCAGACAGCAGCAGCAGGAGGCCCCAAAGAGCCCGCCACAGGGUUAAAGCCUGGCGCCAAUGCAAUAGCAGCAGGGGGAGAUGUGCCUGGCAGGGAUGGUAACGCCACUGUUUCCGCUGGUCCUUCUGCUGCCACUGCCACUGCCGCUGCUACAGCUGCUACUGCUUCAGCUGCUGCUGCUGCAGCUGGUGCUGCGACAGCCGCUGCUGCUGCAGCCGUGACAAGACCAGCUGCUCCAGGCCCUGCGGUCUCUCCCAUGUCGUUGCAUGCCACUGCCUCUCCUGCCGUACCUGCUGCCGGACCUGCACCAGUGCCUGCGCCCGGGCCUGUUCCCGGGCCUCCGACGCCUAGUGCCAAACCUGUUCCAGGCUCGGAAGGGGGAGAGGAGGAGGGCAAGAGCAGAGUGGUCAGUGGGCAGGUGGCAGGUACGGGAGCUGCUGUAGCGUCGGCUGCAGGUGCUGCUGCUACAGCUGCAGGUGCUGCUUCGACCAGUGCUUUGGCAGCUGGUGCUGUUGGUGCAACAGCAGCAGCAGCAGCAGCAGCAGCAGCUGUUGGGCCACAGGGGCAGCAAGGCCAGGCCUUAAAGCUAGGUUUCGCAAACCAGCCAAUCAUGGCUCGGCACGGGCAGGUUUCUGGGCAGGUUCAGGUGCAAAUGAAGGCGCAGGGGGCACCAGGACACGGACCAGCAGGGGGGGCAUCAAUUGCAGGGAAAGGUCUGGCAGGGAUGGUAGGGCGAGAGGGGACAGUAGGGAGCAGUGCAGUAGGGUGCAGUGCGGUAGGGGGCAAUGCAGUAGGGACAAGUGCUCCGGGCAUAGCUGCUUCUGCUGGCAUGAACCACGUGGCAGGGAAACCUGGAGCUCCCCUGGGGACUCACAAGCAACAAGCAGCAGCCGCAGGAGCAGCAGCAGCAGGGCAGGCUUCCAGUCAGGCAGCACAGGGGCAGGCGCAGGGGCAGGGGCAGGGGCAGGCACAUGGGCAGGCGCAUGGGCAGGCACAUGGGCAGGCGCAUGGGCAGGCACAUGGGCAGGCGCAUGGGCAGGCGCAUGGGCAGGCACAUGGGCAGGCGCAUGGGCAGGCACAUGGGCAGGCGCAUGGGCAGGCGGCACAUUUGCCACGGGUGGCACCUGCUCCAGUGCAGGGUGCUGCUGCAGGGGGUCCGUCCACCCACCUGAGAAUACCUGGGAUUUCUCCUGCAGGGUCGAUUCAGGCAGGAGUGGGGCAGGCACCAUCAGUUCAGGCAUCAAUAGGACAGACAGGUGUAGGGCAGGGAGGAGUGGGGCAGGCGGGAGUGGGGCAGGCAGGAGUGGGGCAGGCGGGAGUGGGGCAGGCGGGAAUGGGGCAGGCAGGGGCAGGAGCAACCGGGUUUGGACAAGCAAGGGUCCAACCGGGAGUGGUGCAUGCAGGGGCGGUGCAAAGGCCCAUAGGGGCGGGGGUGGGGAUGGGGCUGCCAGGGACAGUGGGGCAGCAGAAGGGGAUGCCCAUUCCGCGCCUGGCUACCCCGUCCACAUCACCACCGCUGCCACAGCUGCUGCCACAGCAGCAGCAGCAGCAGGGGCAGCAGCAGCAGCAGCAGCAGCUGCAGCAGGGGCAGCAGCUGCAGCGGGGGCAGCAGCGUUUUGUGACGCAGCAAAAGCCGGUGUUGCUGCCACGGUUGCCUCAGCAGCAGCAGCAGCAGCAGCAGCAGCAGCAGCAGCAGCCAAGGCCACCCCAGCUGGUGCCGCAGCAACUGGUACUGCCAAAACCACAGCAUCAUCCUCACCAGCCCCUACAGCAACCCCUACAGCCGCCCCAGCAGCAGCUGCUCACGCAGCAGCAGCAGCAGCAGCAGCAGGGGAAGGAGGGGCAGGAACCACCUCAGAAGAAGAUGAGAACGGAUAAGGAGCCGGUGCAGGGGUUUGCAACAGCAGGGCAGGCAGGGACUAUGGGGGCAGGGCAGGCAGGGACUAUGGGGGCAGGGCAGGUGCAACCAGGGCAGGUGCAAACAGGGCAGGUUGCGCCAGGGCAGGGGCAAGCUGGCCAGGUGCAACUGGGGCAGAAGGGGCCGCUUGGGCAGCAGGGGGCUCAAGCUGCUGCUGGUCAGUCGCAUGUGGCAUCAGCGCAACGACCCGCAGGUGCUGCUCAGACACAUGGAGGGGCCAUCGCACCUAGGAAUGUUUCACCAGCACCUGUUGCAGCAGUUGUGCCAGCACCAGUGGCAGCAGCGCCAGCUGCAGCACCCGCAGUGGCAGCAGCGCCAGCUGCAGCACCACCAGUGGCAGCAGCGCCAGCUGCAGCACCACCAGUGGCAGCAGCAGCAGUUGCAACAGCAGCAAGGGGUGAGGCAGUUGGAGCAGCAGCAGUUGUAGCACCAGCACCAGUUGCAGCAUCAGCAGCUGGUGCCGCAGUUGGAGCAGCAGCAGUUGUAGCACCAGCACCGAGUGCAGCAGCGACAGUAGCACCCAUACCAGUUGCACCAGCGCCAGUUGCACCCGUAGUACCAGUUGCACCCGUAGUACCAGUUGCACCAGCACCAGCGGCAGCAGCACCAGUUGCACCCGUAGUACCAGUUGCACCAACACCAGCGGCAGCAGCACCAGUUGCACCCGUAGUACCAGUUGCACCAGCACAAGCGGCAGCAGCACCAGUUGCACCCGUAGUACCAGUUGCACCAGCACCAGCGGCAGCAGCACCAGUUGCACCCGUAGUACCAGUUGCACCAGCACCAGCGGCAGCAGCACCAGUUGCACCCGUAGUACCAGUUGCACCAACACCAGCGGCAGCAGCACCAGUUGCACCCGUAGUACCAGUUGCACCAGCACAAGCGGCAGCAGCACCAGUUGCACCCGUAGUACCAGUUGCACCAGCACCAGCGGCAGCAGCACCAGUUGCACCCGUAGUACCAGUUGCACCAGCACCAGCGGCAGCAGCACCAGUUGCACCCGUCGUACCAGUUGCACCAGCACCAGUUGCACCCGUCGUACCAGUUGCACCAGCACCAGUUGCACCCGUCGUACCAGUUGCACCAGCACCAGUUGCACCCGUAGUACCAGUGUCUGUUCCACCAGCACUAGCUGCAUUAUCAAAGCCUGUGGUACCAGCACCAAUGGCACCAGCACAGGCACAGGCAAAAGCACAGCUGCAGGGGCAGGGGCAGGGACUAGUAGGAGGGACUUUAAUGACCCGGGCACCAGGUAGUAACUCAGCAGGCAUGCAAACUAGCAGUGCCUACGUGCCUCCUGCCCAGAUGUCAAACGCCCAUACGACUCCUGCCCCAGCGCCUCCUGCGCAAGUGGCUGCUGCUGCCAAGGUAGCUGCCCUGCUUGCCUCUUCUCCGGCACACGCCGCACCAAUCAGGCCUCGCACUCCUGUUCCGCCCACUCCUGCCCCCCCCACUCCUGUUCCCCUUACCCCGGUUCCCCCCGCUUCUGUUCCGCCCACUCCUGCCCCCCCACCUCCUGUUCCCCUUACCCCAGUCACCCCUGCUCCUGUUCCGCCCACUCCUGCUCCCCCUAGUCCUGCUCCCUCCGUUCCUCUUCCCCCCACUCCUGCUCCCCCCUCUGCAUUGGCUGGUGCUGCUGCCUGCUCUGUCCUGAAGGUGCCUCCUGUACAUCCACCAUUACAGCCACCACUCUCACAGUCACACCCGCCUGCAGUCCAGGCACAUGCGGUACAGUCACACCCUGCACAAGCACAGUCUGUGAAGGGCCCUAUUGUAGCCUCUGUAAGUUUUGCUGUAACACCUGCCGCACUGCCCGCUGACCCUGCUGCAAUGUGUGUCAACGCUGCUGUAGCAUCUGUAGCAGCGGCUGUAGCACCUCCUGCACUGCCCACUGACCCUGCUGCAAUGUGUGUCGGCCCUGCUGUAGCAUCUGCUAACGCUGCUGUAGCGUCUGCAACCCCUGCUGUAGCAUCUGCAACCCCUGCUGUAGCAUCUGCAAUCCCUGCUGUACUGCUGGCUAACCCGACAGCGGUAGCCAAACCAGCACCACCAGCAGUGCCGGCAGCAGUGCCAGCAGCAGUGCCAGCAGCAGCACCAGCAGUGCCAGCAGCAGUGCAGGCAGCAGUGCCAGCAGUGCCAGCAGUGCCAGCAGUGCCGGCAGUAGUGCCGGCAGUAGUGCCAGCAGUGUCAGCAGUGGCGGCAGUAGUGCCAGCAGUGCCAGCAGCAGGAGAUGCUGCUACGGCUGCAGGUGCAAAGGCAGCAGCAGCGGCUCCUGAAGCUGCAAAGGCAGCAGUAAUAACUGCUGUUGCUGGUGCUGCUGUUGCCGGUACUGCAGGGCCAGCAGCAGCACCAGUAGCUGCAGACGUGACAGGAGCAGCACUAGCAGCAACACCAGUAGCUGCAGGGCCAGCAGCAGCAGCAGGAACAACAUCGCCACCAGCAACACCAGCAGCAGCAGUGGCAGCACCAGCUGCAGCAGCUGCGGCACCAGCUGCAGCAACAGCAGCGGCGGCACUGGCAGCAGCAGCAGCGGCACCAGCUGCAGCAGCGGCGGCACCGGCAGCAGCAGGGGCGGCACCAGCAGCGGUUGAAGUGCCGAAAGCUGCAGCAGGAGGCGCAGCAGCAGCAACACGAGCAGCAGCAGCAACACCACUGCCAGUACCGCCAGUGACCAAAGCACUGGCCAGUGCCGCAGAAUCAAUUGGAACUGAGGGCGCAGCAGCAGCAGUGGUGGCAGCAGCAGCUGCAACGAGUGCAGCAGAAUCAACCGCUGCAGCACAGUCAGGCAGCACAACACCAACUGUGGCAACAGCAACAGCAACACCACCGCCAGUGGCCAAAGCACAGACGAGUGCAGCAGAAUCAGCCGCUACUGAGGGCCCUGCAGCGCUUUCAGGCAGCACAACACCAAUCGCCCCAUUGGCCUCUUCCUGUCUAACAACAACCACAGUCACACCUGUUACAAUAACAUCCUCAUCUACAGUUGCACCUGUUACAGUAACACCUUCAUCUACAGUUGCACCUGUGAUAGUAUCACCCUCAGCCACAGUCACACCUGUUACAGCUGCACCCACAGUGACACCCACAAUGACACGGACUGUAAGACCAGAAGUAACACCCACUCCCUUAACAACUGAAGGAACCAAGGGCUCCGUCAACCAAGGCAAGAGUGAGGCCAAGUCUCUUGCAGUAGAUCCUUGUAGGAUACCAGUGGUCUCAGCAGCAGCAGACUCAGCAGCAGCGCCAGCGGCAGGUCCUUGUAAGAUACCAGUGGCUCACGCUUCCAAUGCAGCAUCGACUCACACUCCCAAGGCUGCAACCUUGCAAACGUCCGAUGCAACAUCGACACCCACUCCUAAGGCAGUGACUGUGCAACCCGCCGAUGUGGAUGGAGAAGUAGCAGGAAGGGCAGGGGAGGCGUCAGUACCACCAGUGCCUGCAGCAGCAGCAGCAGCAGCAGCGAGCAGAGCAGCAGCAGAUUCAGCAGCAAGUGCAGCAGGUGUGCCUGGGCCAGCAGUGGCGACAGCAGCAGCUGCUGCUGCGUCAAUGGCUGAUCUGCCGAGUUUUGCUACCAAAGCCCCACUCCCCCCUGCUUCCUCACCAAUCCUCACUGGGCCAGCUGCAUCUGCCCCAGUCACACCUCUUGCCCCAGUUGUACCUCCUCCAGUUGUGCCUGCUCCAGUUGUGCCUGCUCCAGUUGUGCCUGCCCCAGUUGUGCCUCCCCCAAUUCAACCUCCCCCAGUUGCACCUGCCCCUGCUGUAGCACCUGUCUCAGGUGUACCUGCUCCAGUUGCAGCCUCCCCAGUGGUGCCUUCUUCAGUUGAUCCGGCUGUGCCUGCUACAGCAGCAGCUGCAGCUACACCCGCUGGUGCUACAGCAGCAGCUGGUGCUACAGCUGCAGCUGCUAUAGUCACUCCUGUGACAGUAACGCCUGCAGCUAUUACAGCGGCACCUCCCUCAGUUGCUGCUGUUACAGCUGCACCUCCCCCAGUUGCUGCUGUUACAGCUGCACCUGUUUCUGUGAUUCCCUCUGAAGUGGCAGCCCCAGCGGUGGCAGCACGAGCAGAGGGAGAGAAAGAGAGAGCGAAGGGAGAGAAGAGGGGAGGAGAGGGAGAGAAGAAGGGAGGAGGGGGAGAGAAGAAAGGAAGAGGGGGAGAGAAAAAGGGAGGAGAGGGGGAGAAGGAGGGAGAAGAGGGAGAAACGAAGGGAGGAGAGGGAGAAACGAAGGGAGAAGAGGGAGAAACGAAGGGAGAAGAGGGAGAAACGAAGGGAGAAGAGGGAGAAACGAAGGGAGUAGAGGGAGAAACGAAGGGAGGAGAGGGAGAAACGAAGGGAGUAGAGGGAGAGAAAGGAGCAGAGAGAGCAGAGAGAGAGGAGGGAGUGAAGAAGGGAGCAGAAGCGACAGUUCUGACUGGAGCAGCUGAGGCAGAGCGUAAUAGUUUGAAGGGAUUGCAGCGAUCAGCACAGGUGACGGAGGGAGCAGCAGCAGCACCUGAUGCAGCAGCACCUGAAGCAGCAGCACCUGAAGCAGCAGCACCUGAAGCAGCAGCACCUGACGCAGCAGCACCUGACGCAGCAGCACCUGAAGCAGCAGCACCUGACGCAGCAGCAGCACCUAAAUCAGGAGCAGAAGGAAUCAAGCUGGUAGUAGCAGGAGCAGGAGCAAAAGCAAUCAUGGCGAUGGGUGUAGCAGCAUUGGCAGAGGGAGAGAACGAGGCAAGGGAGAAGAAGAGAGCGGCAAGGGAGGGGAGGGCGAAGGAGGAGCGUGAAAGUACGGAAGUGGAUGGGGAGGAAGGGGGUGGGAAGAGGGGGGAUGACAGAGGGGGUGAUGGGAUGGACAUCGACGGGGGAGAGGAAGAUGGAAGGAGGAAGGACGGGAGAGAGGGUGAGGGUAUGGAGAUAGACUGCAGAACGAGCAGCGAGAUUGGUGAGAAUGGGGAGAUGAUCGGAGCGAAGAAGAGCGAAGAAAUUGACGGGGAGAUGAAGGAGGGGGGAGGGGAGGGAGGAAAAGAGGGGGUGGGAGGAGAGCCGCUGGCAGUAAGCUACGAAUAGACAGGCGAGCGAAUCCUAUGAAGAUAGGGUAGAGAAGAAGCAUCUUACAGGCAGUAGCAGCCGUUGUAGCAGUAGCGGGAGUAGCAAGCAGCUGUAUCAAGCCAAACUGCACUAGCACUAAGCAGCCCAAUUUCCUUGGGUCGAUGGUAGACGGACGGUGGGCCGAUGGGGAUGGUAGUGUCGAUGUGACUAUCCAUCAGCAAUUGCCGAACGUGAUCAAAGACGUGUAUAGGGAGGACAAUAGGGAGGACAAUAGGGAGGACAAAGAGGAGGAGAAGCAUAGGAAGAGGAUAUGGAGACAGAUGGGCUGGUAUGGGUGGGGCUUCGGAAGGGCUGGGUUGAAGCUCCAAGAGCCUGGAGCCAAGCGAAGAGCGUUGAGAGAUGUGAGAGGGCUGCUGUGCUGAAGCUCCAAUGGCGGAACCUUCUGCUGACUUCCGUAUGUGGAGUGACAAGAACAUGUUUGGAGUGGGUAAAGGAACAGUGCAGUUGUGAGUGCGACUUUGCAUGGCUGAUGGUGUACCACAUAUCAACAGGAUUCCAGUCUGGACUGCAUAAGGAAGCAACGUGUUGCCGGUUGGGCUGGGUGCACUCGAUUUGUGCUUCCUCAAGUGCAAUCUCUCACCUGCCUGACCCCAGUUUGCUGACAUUACUGAUUGACUUGGCUGCAGAGCUAAUCUGCUGCCUAGCUCCUGCAUCCUCACGCUCCAGGAUGCCAUUUCACAGCUAGUAAUUUAGGGCCUUUGUUUUCUUUUGCUCGCUUGUUUUUUUCGUUCAAUAGAUUCCAGCUCAGGGUAGAAAAUUAUGCUGGAGAUAGGAAAGUAGUGGUAGACGUAGUGUUGGUUGUAUCCUUCACCUAACCUUUCAAAAAGGCAAGCG